AUUUAUUUGAAUUUUAACAAGCUUACCACCCUCGAUUUCGGGCGAGUCCAUUGUAAACUUGUGCGCUACUACCGGCUUCUUUAUCAUUCGUCAGUCAGUUAUUCGUUGAAGUCUUGUGACGUGUCCCACGAAAUAUAAACGCAAUAACCCAUCAAUAUGUGUGACGAGGAAGUUGCCGCAUUAGUGGUAGACAAUGGAUCAGGUAUGUGCAAGGCCGGAUUUGCCGGAGAUGACGCCCCACGUGCCGUCUUCCCUUCAAUCGUCGGACGUCCAAGACAUCAAGGAGUCAUGGUCGGUAUGGGCCAAAAAGACUCCUACGUAGGUGACGAGGCUCAGAGCAAAAGGGGCAUCCUCACUCUAAAAUACCCCAUUGAACACGGAAUUGUCACCAAUUGGGACGACAUGGAGAAAAUCUGGCAUCACACCUUCUACAAUGAACUGCGUGUGGCUCCCGAAGAACACCCCGUGCUCCUCACCGAAGCCCCCUUGAACCCCAAAGCCAACAGAGAAAAAAUGACUCAGAUUAUGUUUGAAACCUUUAACACCCCCGCUAUGUAUGUCGCCAUUCAAGCUGUAUUGUCCCUGUAUGCUUCUGGUCGUACCACCGGAAUAGUCUUGGACUCUGGAGAUGGUGUCUCUCAUACUGUGCCGAUCUAUGAAGGUUACGCCCUUCCACACGCCAUCCUCAGGUUGGACCUGGCUGGCCGUGACUUGACCGACUAUCUUAUGAAGAUCUUGACUGAACGUGGCUACUCUUUCACCACCACCGCCGAAAGGGAAAUCGUCAGGGAUAUAAAAGAGAAACUGUGCUACGUGGCGCUGGACUUUGAACAAGAAAUGGCUGCCGCAGCUAGUUCCAGCUCAUUGGAGAAGAGCUACGAACUCCCCGACGGUCAAGUAAUCACCAUCGGAAACGAGAGAUUCCGUUGCCCAGAAGCUCUGUUCCAGCCAUCAUUCUUAGGCAUGGAAGCCUGCGGUAUUCAUGAAACAACGUAUAACUCAAUCAUGAAAUGCGACGUGGAUAUCAGGAAAGAUUUGUACGCCAACACCGUACUUUCCGGAGGUACCACCAUGUAUCCAGGCAUCGCCGACCGUAUGCAAAAAGAAAUCACUGCACUUGCCCCAUCGACUAUGAAGAUCAAGAUCAUCGCUCCACCCGAGAGGAAAUACUCCGUAUGGAUCGGAGGGUCAAUCUUGGCGUCUCUUUCCACUUUCCAACAAAUGUGGAUUUCCAAACAAGAAUACGAUGAGUCCGGACCUUCUAUUGUUCACAGAAAGUGUUUCUAAGCUCAAUUUUAUUCCAUAUGUAUACAUGAUACGGUCAGGACUGCCCUAGUAAUUAAAACUCUGACUAAAAGGAGUUUUAAUGGAUUGAAGUACCGUGCGUAAGUAUUACUAAUUUACCUUUAGUCGUGAUGAUAAGUUUAUAAGAAUCUCUUAUUGUUUAAGCUCAUUAUAUACGGUUUAGCUUGUAAUUGAUUUAAUUUUUUUUAAUAAUAAAUUUGUUAUCAAUCA